CUGACAGAGUUGUUGCAGUCGUAUGCGGCCUCCUUCAGAGACCCCCUGAUGCUCCAGCCCCCAGAGUGGUUUAAAGCGUUCAUUUAUUGCGAAGCCUUCUUGCAGAUGCCUUUCUUCCCCGUCGCAGCGUACGCCUUCCUGAAAGGUGGCUGCAAAUGGAUAAGGACUCCUGCAAUUAUCUACUCCACCCAUGUUGCCACAACGCUGUGCGCGAUCCUUGCGCACAUCCUGUUCCACGACUUCUCCAAGUCGGAGCACUUGGGACCUCAGACGCAGCGCGAGCGCCUGGUUCUGCUCUCGAUAUACCUGCCCUACCUGCUGAUACCGCUCCUGAUCCUUUUCACCAUGCUCUACAACCCCCACUAUAACCACGUGGAGAAGAGGAAAAGGAAGUAA